AUGUCUUUUAAAAUAUUCAUCGGCGUUUUCCUUAUUGAAUUUUUCUUCUGUGCUGUAAAUUCUCAAAUCCCUAUAAUUACUCAUGGAGCUACAGAAACAUUUGGUUAUGAAAAUCAACCGACUUCAAUACAGUGUCGAGUUCGGAGCAAUGGACCGGUAGAUGUUGGCUGGUAUUUAAAUAACACAAGACUCCCAAAAGAUAGUGAUUAUUGGUCAGAAACAACUAAAUUCGCUGAGGAUACAUUAAUUAGUGAGCUAAUGUUUCCGAUUUCGCGCGACUCAACGGGUUUUUACUACUGCAAUGCUACAAAUCACUAUGGAUGGUCGGCAUCCUCCCCAGCUAAUGUUUUCAUAGCGUUUAUGGAAGAUGAAUUUAUUGUUGAACCUCAGUCUAAAGCUGCAAGUAUAGGUGAGACCGUAAUUCUCUCUUGUGUACCUCCUAUUGGAUCCCCCAAGCCUUCAGUAACCUGGCUCAAAGAUGACAAGGAAGUCAGUCUCUCAAACCGAGUUCGUAUUGUCGAUGGUUCUGAUUUGCGAAUUGAACAAAUUUCUUGGAAUGAUGCUGGAAGCUAUUCUUGCAUUGCAAAGUCCCUUGCUUUUGAAAAAGCCACCAAGAAAGCCUAUCUCCGAGUUCGACAAAGACCAUUCUUCCUGAUUGCUCCAGAAAGCCAAACUAUUCCCAUUAAUGGAGUAGCCGAGUUUGCUUGCCGUGUAUCUGGUGAACCCCUUCCGACUUUAACAUGGCGUCGUGAGCCCCCACUUCCUGCAAUUUCAACCACACGUUCCAUCCUCUUAUCAGACGGCUCUUUGAAAUUGAUCAAUGUUCAGCUUGAAGAUGCGGGAGAUUAUAUCUGUCAAGCUAGCAAUGAUGGUGGGGUUGUUGAAACGGUUGCUCGUCUGACAGUGACCAGUCCUCCUGGAUUUAUUGAAACUCCCCCGGGAAAUGCUGUAUUUCUUGAAGGAACUCGAGCCCAGCUGGUGUGUCAUGCAACGGGCUCUCCUACGCCGGUAAUCCGUUGGAUUAAUCAGAAAACUUCAGAGUACUAUCUUAACGGCAUAAGAUCACCAUCUCUUAGAAUUAUUGUCACCACCACGGGAUCUUUAAUCAUCAAUACUGUUAGGCUAUCAGAUUCUGGCACAUACGAAUGUCGAGCCUCAUCUGCUGCCGGAUUUACGCGAACAGUCAUCCAUCUCUACGUUCAACCCAAUCCACAUCUGUUCCCUGGUCGAAUAGGCAUCGCUUCAAAGUCUCCAGUCUAUGUGCAAAAUGCAAAUGAAAUUAGAUUGGUUUGCUCUCCUCCAGAUUUAUCGCAUUUCUACUCUUACAUGACUUCUGUUGCUCACAACAUCAGCGAGAUUGGAAACUUCAAUCCCCUAACUACAUUUCGGACAUCGUGGUACAAAGAGAAGAAGGAGAUUGCUUUGUCUGUUUCUGCAACUGACCGAUUCCGAGCAGAUGCUGAUAACUCACUUAUCAUCAAGCCAGUGCAUAUUAGUGAUGCUGGAAACUAUUCCUGCAUGAUUCUUGGGUUAAUGAACAAGAGAAUAGCAUUCUGGCCAAUGCAAAUAUCGCAAUUUCUACAUAAUGAUCGUUUCAGUGAACUAAAUACUCUCUCCGAACCCCCUAAACCGCCCUCAAAUAUUACUGUGAUAGCAGUAGGGGAUACUUGGAUAACCCUGUCUUGGGAUUAUGACUACCCCGAUCCAGAAAUUACUUUCCAAAUUUUUUACCUCCUUCAAUUCCAUAACUCAUCUUAUGUUUCAAAUCGUCGCAUUAAGUCCUUCAAUUCUGUUCAGAUAUCAAAACAUCCUACUUAUAGAGGCUCAGAAAUUCCAUUUGAUUCUGGAACUAUUGAUGAUGGCCAGUAUCCUCUGGAUGUUUGGGAGAUUUCUGCCGAGACAACUCGAGAAAAGCGAUUCCAUUUAACUGGUCUACUGCCUGACAGUGGAUAUUGGAUUGAAGUCAGAGCUUCAAAUUUACAAUUAUGGAGUCAAGGAGCACUCGUUGACCAUAUUGUCUAUACCACCCAGUUAAAACCGGCCAGCAAGUCAUCCACUUUGCAUCCUGUGGAUCCUAGAAAAUCGGCUGGAGAUUUCCAUGACCUUUCAGCUCGUGUUCAUUCGCUGAUUUUCCUUGGGGUCACUGCUCGAAGUUUAAGUGCUUCCGAGAUGUUUAUAAGUUGGACUAUGCAGACUACAAAUGGAGCCCUCAGAUUAGUGGAUGGUUUUCAAGUUGUUGCCAAGCCCGUCUUUAUGUCUCGGUGUACAGCUAGAGCCACUUCUGUGGUGAAAGAUCUUGUUGAUCCCGGACAAUAUGGAGUCGAUCAAAGUUCUCGCUAUGGUUACAGUGAUCUCAUCAACCCGGUUGUAGAACAAGCUGCCCACUGCAGUUUUAAUAGUGAGCAGAUGAUAGAACGUUUUAGACAAUCGUCUGUAAAUGGAGGUCAAAUUGCGUCUGUCAAGAACUCGGUUCCAGAGAAAUUUCUCAUUGUUUCAAGAGUAAUUACUAGAGAAAAUCCAGGUACUGGAGCUGUGAUAGGCGGUCUUCAUCCAUUCACCUGUUAUGAAAUUUCCGUCAAAGCAUUCAAAGACGAUCAAACUUAUGGGAGGAUCUGGAGUAUGGAAACACCAGCGGAAUUAGUACUUUCUCUUGAUGCCACACCCAGUGAAGCUCCAGAACUUAUGUCUGCAGAUUGGCUCAGCGACGCUGCCUCUCAAAACAUGGUACAUUACACCUUUCCACUUAGAAAUCACUCUCUUUAUCCAAAAAACUCCCCUGUUCAAUCGUCUGGCAUUCGACUAAAAUGGAUGCCCCUAGAUUUACAUAUUUCUCAUGGAACACUAAUCGGAUAUUCUAUUCAUCUUAUCGCCAAUGAUUCCAUCUAUACGCAGUCUCAGAAGGUAAUGGAAUUCUUUUUCAACUUUUUACAUGUAAUGGUUUCACCAGAGGCAAAUACGCAUGACCUGCUUGGCUUAAACCCUAAUAUUGAAUACACAAUAUUCUUGGCUGGAAUAACUUGUCGAGGUGAAGGUGUGCGAGGACCCGGUUAUCGAAUGCCACUUUUCGGGAGCGUAUCGAACCAAGCUCCUCCACCAGAUUUCAAUUCCCGGACCGUUUUCUUCCCCAUUUGGGCAUAUGGAGCGGUUUGUGGAGCUGUUGUCGUUUGGCUUCUAAUCGGAUGUCUCUUUGUUAUCUGUCUGCGUCGAAGAAAAGCUCAACAGGAUUCAAGGGGUUACUGCUGUUGCUGUCUAUCAUCCUCCACUUCUAAACCUCUCAAACGAGAUGAUAUCGUCUUUAAACUUUCACCUCGAAAGUCCAAUAACAAUUUUGAUUCUCAGAUUAACAUAUCUGAAACUAAGUCAAGCAAUACUUUCACUACAAAUGCUGAAACACAGCACUACACAUCCAGUGAUCAUCACUCUUCAGUGCAUCUUCAACGAAGAGCAUCUAGGACUUGUGGAGGGAGUAGUACCGAAAGUCAUCGUAUGUUGAAGGGUACAGAAUCAAGUGGAGAACCAACUGCAAUCAUGCUUAACUCUUCUUUAGCCAGUACUCCCUCAAAUACCACCACCAACCAACCAUGUUUCAAGCCGCAGUGUCUACCUCCUACCGCAAGUGUUCCCUAUCCAAGUGGAACAACUCCACCCGGUACGUACAAUAUGAUCAACAGUCUCACUGGAUUUCCUCCACAAUACGAAUCCCAAUGGAAUAAUGAAUCUCAAGUCCAAAAUAGCGCCGGAGCUCGAAGUAAUGCUCAUCCUGAGAUUCCUGCCUAUGCAAGCAGUAAUGUCCUACCGAGCGAUAUGAACAAUUCCUCAUGGAAUUCAGGUCCCGAGGUAAGUUAG